GCUAGCCUGCAGUACCCGAAGCCCAGAGUCACUCCCACACACUCCAUCUCCGACAACAUGAAGGUUCUGGCUUGUGUUGUCCUCGCCGUGCUGGUGGCUCUGGCCUCGGCCGAGGAGUCCCAGAAGGACAAGAGGUACGCGACUGGUACUUCCCUGGGAUACUCCGGCCUGGGCUACUCUGGCCUGGGCUACUCAGGCCUGGGCUACUCUGGUCUGGGAUACUCCGGUCUGGGCUACUCUGGCCUGGGCUACUCAGGCCUGGGGUACUCCGGCGUCCCCGCCGCCGGCUACGCUGGUCUGGGCUACUCCAGCCUGGGCUACUCCGGCCUGGGCUACUCAGGCCUGGGCUACGGACAUGGCCUGGGCUACUCCGGUCUGGGCUACGGGUACUCUGGCUACCGUGGGUAACCAACCAUCGCUUUGAAAGGCUUCUUCCUCCCAGAUACCACACUCACAGCUCUUCGAAACUCUUUCGCGCUACCCUCACCACCUGGAAACUACACUUUCAGCACCAGAGAAGAAAUGAAAGCACCAAUGUCACUGUACAGUUUCUGUUGAAAAUAAAUGAAAUAUUUCCUUUUUAA